AUGUUGCAGACCCUGAUGCUGGUGGUGGUGGUGGUGACCGUGGUGUUGCUGGCAGCGGCCGCAGCUGUGGUGGCGGCGCUGCUGUGCCGCCGGCGAGAGUGCUGGCAGAGGGCGUGCGGCAGCAGGCAGCAGCCGCAGAACGCGCAGCCCUGGCUGGACGGCUACAGCACCGUCGCCGUCCAGAGCAGCAAUGGCCAUUCUACGCUCUCCGAUGUUGCCUCACAUCCGGAGACAGAGAUGGAGGUUUCUUAUGCCAGUGACAUCGAGCUCCUUGGCAUCAAUGCGAGAUGCGACGAUGUGUGAUGCGGAAGAACGAAGGCCUAUGGAGGGAAACACAGCCGCCUCAUCACGAAACUUCCUACUGCCUGAAGCCACAGACGCUCAACACCGCAGGAGAGGUGGCUGUACGUGAAGUUUACGCUUUGCCUGCAUACUGCUGCAAGUUCCACGACGCUUAACAUAAAUUUAAGCUGUUGUUGUGCUUGUUUGAAUCUGUGUAAGUUAUCGCUGUUUGUUCGUUUACUUGCUUUAUAAGAAUAAAUACGUGUUAUGGGA